AUGUCUUUCGAUCCUCACAAUGUCGACCUGGACACAGCCGAUCCAACUGACAUUGUUUGCUACAUCAAUGCCGGCGGCAACGAAUACAACGGUAAACUAGGCGCGCGCAUCUCGGCCAUCUUCGUUAUCAUGAUCGUCUCUUCAGCAGCGACCUUCUUCCCCGUUCUAGCACAACGCGCACCACGCCUGCGCAUCCCAAUUUAUGUCUACCUCUUUGCGAAGUACUUCGGUGCCGGCGUCAUUAUCGCAACAGCCUUCAUCCACCUUCUCGACCCCGCAUAUGGCGAAAUCGGUCCCAACACCUGUGUCGGAAUGACCGGUCACUGGGCAGACUACUCAUGGUGCCCGGCAAUUGUCUUGGCCUCACUGAUGGGAGUUUUCCUCAUGGACUUCGGCGCCGAGCGCUGGGUCGAACUCAAGUACGGUAUCUGUCGCGAAGACCCAGAGCCCAUGAUGGCGACUGGAGGUGAAGCGCGACGUGUCGACUCGCGUGUUUCGGCACGCCACACAGACGACAAGCAAGUCAAGGAGAUUGAGUCGCAGACUAGCGAGCUGGCUAUCGAGCGCUCCGUUAAGCAGCAGCUUGCUGCGCUGCUGAUUUUGGAGUUCGGUGUUAUCUUCCACUCCGUCAUCAUUGGUUUGAACCUUGGUGUUGCCGGUGAUGAGUUUGUUACUCUUUACCCUGUUCUGGUCUUCCACCAGUCCUUCGAGGGACUUGGUAUCGGAGCCCGCAUGUCCAGUAUCCCAUUCAAGAAGGGCAGCUGGUUGCCUUGGUUCUUGUGUUCUGCUUAUGGUCUCACGACCCCCAUUUCCAUUGCCAUCGGUCUUGGUCUGCGCACGACUUACAACCCUGGGUCUUUCACUGCCAAUGUUGUCUCCGGUGUGCUAGAUUCCAUCUCCGCUGGAAUCUUGGUAUACACUGGUCUCGUUGAGCUGCUUGCUCGGGAUUUCUUGUUUGACCCUCACCGCACUCAGGAUAACAAGCGCCUGGCUUUCAUGGUGGUGACUAUGUUGCUUGGUGCUGGUAUCAUGGCCCUGCUUGGAAAGUGGGCUUGA